GUGUAUAUCACACACACACACAAGCACAAUAUUCGUUAGCACGCAGCAACCAUCGUGGGGGAAAGGUAAUACAAUUGAGAGAGAGACUCUGCUUCGGAUUCUUCUUUCUUUGUCCUUGAUUCCAAUCCUCAGCUAAUUGUUUAGAAUCCCCGACGUGUCCUCUCAACUUCUGGGAAUUUCUGUUUCUUCUUCGAUUGGUUGGGUCUCGGUGUGCUUCCCUUCCAAUCGAUCCGAUUUAUAACCAUGGCGACGAUCGGGCACAACAACCUCAACGCCAAAUUGGUUCUCCUUGGUGAUAUGGGCGCCGGAAAGUCCAGCCUGGUUUUGCGAUUUGUCAGGGGUCAAUUUCUUGAAUUCCAGGAAUCAACAAUAGGUGCAGCCUUCUUUUCACAGACAUUGGCUGUUGAUGAUGCAACUGUUAAAUUUGAAAUUUGGGACACGGCUGGACAGGAGAGGUACCACAGCUUGGCUCCCAUGUACUACAGAGGAGCUGCUGCUGCCAUCAUUGUCUAUGAUAUUACUAGCACAGAUUCAUUUACACGUGCAAAGAAGUGGGUCCAAGAACUUCAAAAGCAAGGGAACCCAAAUAUGGUCAUGGCUCUUGCUGGUAACAAAGCUGACCUGGAAGAUAGGAGGCAAGUGACAGCUGAAGAGGCACGUGUAUAUGCCGAGGAAAAUUCUCUCUUUUUCAUGGAGACCUCUGCCAAAACUGCAGCUAAUGUAAAUGAUGUAUUUUAUGAAAUAGCCAAGAGAUUGCCGAGGGCCCAGCCUGCUCAAAAUCCAGCAGGAAUGGUUCUUGUGGAUAGACCUCCAGAAGGAUCAAGAGCUUUAUCAUCGUGCUGUUCAUAAGUCGUGCGAUUUGCGUGGCAUCCACGAAAAAAGGAAAAUUAAACACGAUGUGGUUUGUCUUAGCUCUCGCACUUUCCCAUGUGCCUCAGGGGCCACCUACCUACUAACCUAUCCAACUUGUUCUGUAAUUUUCCUGCUGUUUACCUUUUGUUGCCCCCCACCAAAAAAAAAAAAAAGAAAGUUUAUGGUACAGAAUAUACCUGGGAUACGCGGUGUCUGUGGGUUCAAUAGUAUCUAAGGAAAAUGCAUCUAAACUUAAGCUUGCUCGCUUACCUCUUUUAACAACGUUGGUUAGCUUUUCGCUCC